UAUCGGAGAACUUCAUAUCAGGUGACCUUUCGAAAACAGAUAAACAAGACAAGAAUCAAGAAAUAUUUUGAUUCCUAUUCUUGCAGUUAAUUUACCGAGCGCAUAACUACGUUUGUACCAGUCAAUAUGAGAUUUCUAAUUCUUUCUGUACUUCUUCUGGGAGUUUACCAGGAAGUUUCUGCCCAAUACUCUCCAGUUGAGCUUUUAAGAGCCCUCAAUGAAAUUCGUGUAAUAUCAGUCAUAUCGAAUAAGAUAGGAACAAGUUGCAAGAAUAAGGAUGAUUUUAAGCAAAAAACCGAGGAUAUGCUGCAAUGUUACAUGAGUUUCAAAGGGAAAGAAACUGUAUGUGGUACCGUAAAGAACAGCUUGGAAAAUUGUACGCAGCCUCUUGUCACAUCUUUCGAGAGUUGCGUUGAUCCCAAAUACCACGAUAUCCCCAAAUUCAUAGUCGAAAUUGCUAAAUCCGCGGCAGACUAUGCUUGUAAAACAAAGGGAGAAAAACUUAUUGAGCUUCUGCAUCCAUGUGUUACCAAGUUGACCUUCAAGAAGAGCGAUGUUUGCUUGAAGUCAUUCAAGCAGAAAAUAGAAAAUAUCGAAAACGAUAAGGAUAUCACAAACGUUAAAACUGAUCUUUGCAAAUCUUUGGAGACCACAAAGGCAUGCAUUUUGAAGGAUUUCAAGAAUGUAUGCCAUAACGACUUCACUCUUGACGCUGUGGUAGGAGUUUAUGAUGCCAUCAUAACGAAGCCUUGCAAACAUAUUUGAGAUGAAGAGUUAUUAUGUCAAUGUCAAGUGAACUCUGAAUUUUGUGUAUAAUAAUUUGAAUGAAACUUCUGUAGAUCAUUAAUAGCAUUGUUAUCAAAUUAAAUACUGAGCUUAUUUUAA